GGCACUUCCGGCGCACACAGAUAACGUCUUAGCGACGAAGAGACGACUCCUUAUGUGGGCGUGGCGGCACUAUGAAUAUUCAUGAGAAAGGCACGUCAUGCAUAAUAAUGAGAUGAAGAGACAAAGGACCUGGGAGGUCCUUGGGCUGUCAUGCUGGCACCCACAUUGUGGCAGACAUAUGGCUCUUAUACUACUAGCCCAACGUGCUCAUGUCCGUCGGCGACGGCGACCUCAGGAACGUGUUUUCCGUGCCCGCACGCAGUUCUUGAAUUUACCUGAGGAUGUGGUUAUACAGCGUUAUCGUCUUCACCCAGCACUCAUCCGUGAUUUGUGUCACUUGCUAGAGCGUGACCUGCAGCCCUCCACUGGACGCUCACAUGCUCUACCUGUGUAUGUCAAAGUGACAGCUGCCUUGGACUUUUACACAUCUGGUACAUUCCAGACACCAGCAGGUGAUGCAGCAGGGAUCAGCCAAGCGAGUAUGUCCCGUUGUGUGACACAAGUCACCGAAGCCAUUGUACGCCGGGCACAUAAAUUCAUUCGAUUUCCAAGAGGCCACAUACAGCAUAAGACCGCUGCACGUGAUUUUCAGAGACUUCAUGGCUUCCCUGGCACAGUGGGGGCCGUUGGCUGCACUCACGUGGCACUAAAGCCCCCCUCAGAUCAUGAAAGUCAGUAUCGCAACCGCUGGCGUUACCAUUCCAUGCACAUGCAGGCCGUGUGUGAUGCCAGAGGGGCAUUGACACAGAUAGUCUCAGAAUAUCCAGGUUCUAUGACGGAGGAGGAAAUUUUAGAACAGUCAAGCUUGGAGCACAUGUUCCAGAAUCAAAAGAAAGAAAAUGAGUUCUGGCUAGUUGGAGGGUGCUGUUACAUCCAGAAGCCCUGGCUGAUGACCCCAAUAGAAGACCCUCAGUCUCCAGCAGAGUCACGCUACAAUUCAGCUCACGCUGCAGCCCUAAAUGUCAUGGCCCAUGCGCUCUGCUGUCUUAAAUCAAGGUUCCGCUGCCUAAGUCGGCGGGGAGGAUCUCUUCAAUACAGCCCCCUCAAAGUCAGUCAAAUAUUUGUAGCCUGCUGUGUCCUCCAUAAUAUGGCAUUAAGUCAUGGCCUGGAGGUACCAGUGGAGGAACAAGAGGAGGGAAGUGAGGGAGAGGCUGAGGGGGAGGCCAAGCAGCAAGCACAGGAGGCAAGAAAACAGUUACUGCAGAAGUACUUCAGCUAGAGGAUGUCAAGAGAUCAUUCGUUUGCCUUAUUUAGCUCAAAUUACAAGAGACAAUUCAAGUUGCAUUUUGCAAUCAAAUCAUUGUUAAUAAACUAAGAUCAUUAUUCAGGGGAAUUGAAUAAAAUAGUAGCAUUAUUGAGCCAUUUAUCUUGUAUGACAGCCCCUUUGUAGUAUAUUUUAGAAAAAUAAAUGCAUUUGACUUAUUGGCCGUCAGAUAGAUUUAAGCAGCAUAGUUUGCAGUGCAGAAUGUAAAAUACUAUCCCCGCCACCAACCAAUGCAGGCGGCUCUGAAUGAGGCCUUUAUUCAGCCACCCUGGAUCAUUUAAUAGGAGUCCUGUUAAGAUCUUAUGUGAACACAGCCAACACCUACAGACUGGUCACAUUGAAACAAUAUUCUGAGAAAAGACAAUCUAAGCUUCUUACCACAUGACCAAAGGAUUAAACCAAUCAAAAAGUAUCUAAUAAGGUGAAUACAAAUUGCAACUUUUCCCUGUUGAAAUGUAUUUGAUGGUCCAGCACUUGUAUAGUGUCAUCUAGUUGUGCAGAACAUUUUGCCAUAGGUAAUAGUUAGGCUUGCCAUAAUAUCCCUUUAAAAAUGGGGACACCUAUAAUUAAAGGAAUAUUAUGGCAAGUCUAAUAAUAGUCUACAUUAAACACAUAACCCAAGUAGUGCUCACAUGCACUAUCUACACCAGAAAGUCAGUACACUUUUUCUCUUUUCUUGUUUUACUGGUGGACCUCAAAUUGUUUCAUUGUACAAAAAAAGCAAAAAUAAAAUAAAAAACAAAAGACAAAAAUAACAAAACAAGGACACGAGGAGAAAAAACAAAAAACAUUGGUGACAUGAGCUGAGAUCAAGAGAAUUUCCCAACCAUUGGGUAAGGGAGCUAUAUGAAGAAAAUAUAUAUAUUAAAAUAAAAAGAUAUGGGUAGACUGUAAUAAGGGGAAGCGAAAGAGCAAAAAUGAGCCCCUAUCGCUGCUAGGUUGGGGUAGUUCAGGCGUUCUGAAUUGGAUUUUUUGUGGGGAGGGAGCUUAAUUCAGGGUCCCUCUGCCCUCGAGCAUGUAUAAAGUACUGGAUGAGCAGUACUAGCAAGGAAGGUCAAAGGAGACAGAAAUUUCUCUCUAGAUCGACAUGGCUGUUUUUCAGUUCCUUAGUCUUCCAAAACAAUGGGUUCACUUGUACUGGCAGGAUGGGGUGUAGUAAGAGAGGGAAGAAGGCCAGGUGGUCUUGGGGGCAGUGGUAGCUUCAAUUUCAGUGGCUGAUUGGGACGUCGAGCAGCUCGGCGCAUCUCCAUGUGCGAUAGGGAUUUCCUUAAACAUCUGUAAAAAAAAUAAAAUAAAAAAUAAAGAGACUUUGACAAUAAGCAGUUAGCAAAGAAUGGCAAGAAUUAUGUUGCUAAGUGAAUCGUUUAGUCUGAUGCUAGAUUUAAGAAUAUGGAAAGGAGGGGGAAGGGUUAACAAUAGUACUGUAACAGUGGACACUAUAUAGAAUCCCCCCUUCCAUUUUGAUUAGCAAUAGGCUUUUACAGAGACAGGAACUCUUACAAUUGGACAACAGUUACAGGGUGGGCUUUUAGUUACCUUGUGUCUUUAGUAGCCACAAACACUACAGGAUUAGGGGCAUCUGCAAGGUUGAGUUUCUGCCUCUUGACAUUGGGUUGAGAGCUAGAACGGACACCAGAGAAGGAGCGGCCAUUGGCGGAGAACGGAGGAACUACCCCCACUCCGGAUACCUGAAAACAAGGUUCGUUUCUAAGCACUUAUGUAUAUUUAUAUAUUUGAAAAAAAAAUUGACAAAAUGAUAAAACAAUUAGGAACAGAAGAUAAAGCACAAGGAAGUACAGUAAGAGUUACUGGGUCAGUGCUUGAGGUGGCAUGAGCAGUAAAUGGUAAUGCAUACAUAAUUCUCAAGCACACAACAUAGAGAUAAUAUGUUAUGCAUCUAUUCCAAAUCCAUCAUUUCUAUGCUUGAGAUUUAUUUAGUAGUUUGCAUUGAUACCUAGGCUUUGCCAAAAGCUAAUAUCCAGCAGAUGACUUUAACUAAUCAAGAGGGAACCCCAGCUGACAUCUCCAAUUUACAGCUGGGAAUGCCGAGUACACCCCAGUGUCUAUUGUCGUAAGUCCAAAAGCUCCUGUUCAUAGCCUAAUAACUAUUAAGUCUACAAACAAAAGUAUGCCUGUCAUAUGUUGUGCCUACUUUCCAAUUCAUAAAUUUAGAAAAAUAAAACUUUCAGUAA